AUGUCAACAACGACGACAACAACAGCGAAAGUUUCCCCAAUUCAAUUUGCCUGGAAUGCUAAUAAUAUUGGUUUUGAAUCUUCUUUGUGGUUAAGAUCGGUCGGUAAGCUGCGUGGAACUAUCGCACGGUCACCCAGACUACAACAAAAAAACGAUAUCAAGACGUUUCAGUAUAGUAAGGAUGGUCGAUAUUUUGGCUGGGCAUCGUCAGAAAUGGUUGUCGUGAUUGACACAGAAACAACCGAAAUAGUAAAGGAGAUUCCACGAAAAAACGUAGUUGAAAUUGGGUUUUCGCCAAAGGGCACGUAUAUAUCUACUUGGGAACGGCCUGUUAAACUCGGAGAGAAUAUUGUUCAUAAGAAUCUUAUCUUGUGGGAAGUCGAGUCUGGUGAAGAACUCAUAUCUUUUACACAGAAAAGUCAGAAUAAUUGGAACGUUCAAUGGACAGACGAUGAGGCAUUUUUCUGUCGCAUGGUCACAAAUGAAGUACAAUUUUUUGAUAGUAAACGAGUGGAUAAGGGCGUACAUUCGAGACUACGUUUAGAGGGAAUCGCUGAUUUUUCAUUGUCACCCGGUAAGAGUCCGUCAAUAGUCGUGUUUAUUCCUGAGAAAAAGGGCGCACCCGCCAGAGUCCAAAUGUUCUCAAUAACGAAUUUCAAUGUCACCCUUGCGCAGAAAACGUUCUUCAAAGCAGAUAAAAUUCAGAUGAAGUGGAAUGAUCUCGGGACUAAUUUGUUAGUUUUGACGCAUACCGAUGUGGAUAAGACAAAUAAAUCUUAUUAUGGAGAAACAAAUUUAUAUUUUCUGGCGUCGGCUGGUAAUUAUGACUGCCGUGUUCAACUUGAUAAAGAAGGUCCAAUUCAUGAUGUCGCAUGGAGCCCCAACUCCAAAGAAUUUAUAGUCGUUUAUGGGUAUAUGCCCGCAAAAGCAACACUAUUCGAUCAUCGCGCAAACAUAGCUUAUGAGUUUGGCAUAAACCCAAGAAACACCGUACAAUUCAAUCCUCAAGGACGCCAUAUCCUUUCUAUUUCUUUUUAA